ACUAGAACUGUUACAUUCUGUGAGUUCUGCAUUGUUUAACACAGAGACAGAUGCACAUACAGGCACAGGGUUAGGAAGGACUUGUCGAUUUCAAGGAAACAGCUAGCAUUUGAAAGCGGACAUGACUUCUCGCAGGUGGUUUCACCCCAACAUCACCGGGAUUGAGGCUGAACAGCUGCUCUUGACCAGAGGAGUUCACGGGAGCUUCCUUGCCCGGCCAAGCAAAAGUAACCCUGGAGACUUCACUCUCUCUGUGAGACGGAAUGACGAAGUCACACACAUCAAGAUCCAGAACUCGGGAGAUUACUACGACCUGUACGGAGGGGAGAAGUUUGCUACGCUAGCUGAGCUGGUCCAGUACUACACAGAGCAGCAGGACUUGCUACGGGAGAAGAACGGGGACGUGAUUGAACUGAAGUACCCUCUGAACUGCAAGGACCCAACUUCGGAAAGAUGGUACCAUGGCCACCUUUCAGGGAAAGAUGCCGAGAAGCUGCUGACAGAGAAAGGGAAGCCCGGGAGCUUCCUGGUGCGGGAGAGCCAGAGCAAGCCGGGAGACUUCGUCCUGUCCGUGCUGACGAAUGAGGAGAAGCACGAGAACGUAGACCGCAAAACCAAAGUGACGCACGUCAUGAUCCGGUAUCAGCAGGAUGGGAAGUACGAUGUUGGAGGAGGGGAGAGAUUUGACACGCUAACCGACCUGGUGGAGCAUUACAAGAAAAACCCCAUGGUGGAAAAGAGUGGAAUUGUGGUUCAUCUCAAACAGCCAUUUAAUGCCACCAGGAUAAAUGCAGCAAACAUUGAAAACAGAGUGAAGGAGCUGAACAAAGUGGCUGAUCACACUGAGAAACCCAAGCAGGGCUUCUGGGAGGAGUUUGAGAUGCUGCAGCAGCAGGAAUGCAAACUGCUGUACCCCCGGAAAGAAGGACAGAAGCCAGAAAACAAGACCAAGAACCGAUACAAAAAUAUUCUACCAUUUGAUACCACUCGAGUUGAACUGAGAGAUGCAGACGCAGAUGUCCCAGGCGCAGAAUACAUCAACGCCAACUACAUUCGAAGUGUCCACGAAGACGGGAGACGGCCAGACGAAUGUAAAGUCUACAUUGCAACACAGGGGUGCCUUCAGAACACGGUGAAUGACUUCUGGAACAUGGUCUACCAGGAGAACACCCAUGUUAUCGUCAUGACAACCAAGGAAGUGGAAAGAGGAAGGAAUAAAUGUGUGCGGUACUGGCCCGAUGUGGACUCCCAGAAGGAAUACGGCCUUCUCUGUGUGAGGAACAUGGAGGAGAGGCCAGCCCAGGAUUAUGUGCUGCGAGAGCUGGAGAUUACACGGCUAGACAGGGAAGAACCUCCCCGGUAUAUUUGGCACUACCAGUACUUGAGCUGGCCGGAUCACGGCGUGCCGAACGAGCCUGGAGGAGUUCUGAGUUUCCUGGACCAGGUGAACCAAGCGCAGCAAAGCAUUCCAGACACUGGGCCUAUUGUAGUGCACUGCAGUGCAGGAAUAGGAAGGACAGGAACCAUAAUUGUAAUAGACAUUCUUGUAGACAUUAUUAGCAGACAAGGGCUAGACUGUGAUAUAGACGUCCCGAAGACGAUCCAGAUGGUGCGAAGGCAGCGCUCCGGGAUGGUGCAGACGGAAGCGCAGUAUAAAUUUAUUUACAUGGCGGUGCAGCAGUAUAUAGACACUGUCCAGAAAAGAUUAGAGGAAGAGCAGAGAAAUAAAACGAAAGAGAGGGAGUAUUCUAACAUCAGGUAUCCACCUACAGAGAACACGAAGCUUUGGCCCCACACUCCCACUUCUAGAACUUCUUCCAUGGUUAACGAGGAUGCAGCGGGAGUGUACGAGAAUUUAAAUAUUAAAAAUCCGAAAGGUCCAGGGAUCAGCAAUACAAGAAGAUAAGGGCGUGGAGAUGGGAAUCUCAGAGUUUGGAAGUUUCUAAAGCAAUGUCAUUUUUGUCUCCGCUGCACUGACAGAUCCCUCCGUCACAAGCACUGCGAAACGGGAUGCCCACCGGGGAGAGCCCCAAGCCUUGCAGGAACUGACUCUUAAGAUGGGACAGCAAUGAAUCUCACUGAUCGAUGCGAUACCUCUCUCCCUUCAGCUUGCGUUAUACAGCCAGUGCCUCUUCUAAAAGCGCGACCCCAAGGCACUGCAUCCCAGCCAGCAGAAGAGACAGACACGCAGAAGCUUGAAGCCGAAGAAGCACAUUCGUUUCGUCACCCAGAAUUCUAUGAAGCUCCAUGUUUUAUUAUUUUUAUAAUAUAUAUAUAUAUAUAUGUGUGUGUGUGUGUAAGAUGUAGCAGCUGCACUUCCUUGGAUUUUCCUGCAUACAUCUACUGUAACCAAAGACCUGAGAACUUGAUAAAAGCUCAAAAAAAACUAUGAGCAUUGACAGAUGCAGAAAUUGCACUUGCUUUAAAAAACAAACAAAUGUUUGAAGAAGUCACUUGUUUUAUUAUUUUUACCCUAUGAUGUGGACGCCAAUGAAGUCUAUGAAUUGGUUGAUGCUGUCUGCACUGGUGGCUUUGUAGGUAUUGUCUUGUGUUUUCUUUAUUUCUUUAUUAUUAUUAUUAUUAUUAUUAUUAUUAUUAUUAUUAUUAUUAUUAUUAUUAUUAUUAAUAGUGGUUGUACCUCAUUUUAUUGCAUUUUAAAUCAUUACCUGGAGCGCUGGAACUAACCACAAAUAUAUGGUUAGUGGUAAAAGUUAUAAUUAACAUCCACUGCCAGUACCUGCUAACUAAUGCACAGAGGUUAAGUUCCUCAUUCUUCCUUUUAUAAAUUGCUCUAUUUAUAGGAUCUAAAUACAGGUAGUUUUUAAAUCAAUAUAAGAAUGGACAGAGAAAUCCAUCUCUAUGUGUGUUUGAGUGUUUUAUUGUCUUUUUAAAAGCAAGUCAAAUGUCAGGAAUGGUAAUAUUAUAAUACUUAAAACUGUGGCUAUUUAGAUCCAUUACUGUUUAGAUCAAUGCAAUACACCCACCAGCCCCCAUAUACAGGAUGAGUCAUAAACGACUCUGUAAAACACAUUCAUGUUACUUUUGAAUUGCACUCCACCCUCAGCACGGCACACGGUAAUCCUUUGCUUUCAGUUAACACAUUCUGACCUCAUUUUGUCCUGUGGUUUGGUGGUCGCUGUGAAUUUCAGGUGGCCCUUCAAGUCGUUUGGAGACUUAGUCGCACAGAGAAGAUGUGAUGGCUCAAUACGAACUCUAAAGUCCAAGGGUGACAGGUCUGGUGAACCACAGGCAACCACAGCCAAUGGUCUGAGAAGGUGUUGUCUAACCAGGUUCUGUUAUACCGCGUCCUACAGUGUGUUUAUUAUGUUUAUGAAAGAGAAAUAAAACCGACCAUGUCACGGGGCUAACAGCAAAACUAUAGGGAUUUUGAAGGACCUCUUAAAUGAAUAUAUUGAGUUAUGUAUCUUUUUUUUUGUUUUACAAAACCUGUUGAAAAUGUUAUUCCAUUGUAUAAUAUCUGAUUGCAGGCUUAAGCUAUUAUCCCCCUGCAAAAACAUGUCCGAGAUGCAAGCAAAACCCUUUCCAUCACUGAAUUAUAACUGAAGACACUUGAAGCACAUGUAACAUUGUAUUAACUCUGGACCGCGCGUCUUAGUGAAGAUAAAAGCAGCCCGAUAUGUUUAUUUUAUUGGGAAAAUGUUUAUACCUGAACCCGAUUGUAAACAAUGUGAACCGGCUACCUUAUUAAAGGAACCAAACCAGUUCUAUAUGCUUAGGAUGUCCUGUGUUUAAAACUAUUGUUGCUAUAUACAUUGGUUUAGAAUUUGUUUUUUUGUUAAACAAAAGAUGUUAUGAGUGAGUGUUUGUUUGUUUGAAGUUACGGAUGAAAUACCAAUACAUAGUAUUAACAUUGGCAUGAAAAAUCCAUUAAACACUCCUACAAAAACAGACAAGCCUCUAACUUGAGCUGUAGUCUGUCAUGCUCUUAGUAUUCCCAAACAUACAUUUAAAAAUAAAUCCCAACAUGACAGUGCGGUUACCAAAACUUUCAAAGCGAUGUGUCUCUUUUGUUAUGUAAAGUAUUCAUUGUACUCUGGCGUGUUUAUGAGAAAAUAAUGUAACACGUUACCUGAACGCUCCAUGUCUCCUGGUGCAGUUGGUUUCAUAUCAUGUCAGCAGUUCAAUUUCUAAAGGCUGAUAAAGGCAUAGCCCUUACCAAGAACCCCAAAAGACUAUUGAAAAGUGAUUUAAACUCGUUUUCUUAAGUUUCACAGUCCCAUUUCAUCCCUGCCUAUUGCACAUCUUGUUUCGUUGUAAAAAGUCUGAAGCAUCUUUCUACGCUGCUUGAGCAAGACUGGGAGUGUCUGGUGUGGUUCAUGAAAGCUUAGAGAACAUCUUUGAAACUUUAUCAAAACUUUGUUCACCCAGACAUCGAAUACGAUUCAUCAAAUGACUUCUACCAGACAGUAAAAGGUAGGGAAGCAGCCUAAAUAAAAGCCAUGUGCUUCUUCUGUGAGACAAUUCUUAAAUGAUCUGAACUACACCAGUUCUGCAAGGAAAUUGUAUGUAUUGCUAGUCUAUCUCAGUGUGGUUUCAUAUACACUGUAGAGUGGUUCUACUGUACAUAGAGAAGUUAAACCUCUGCACUGGAUUACUGGGUCACUGAAACCAGCGCCUGUAACUAUCACAGUGCUCAUGUUGUGUAGGUAAUGUUUUAAACCAUCUCCAAGUGACUUUACAGAGAGACAGAAAGAGCUGGUUCGAUGGGAUGAUCAGAUGGGAUGAUUAAAUUGCUUUUAUAAGUCAAUUUUUGUGAAGCUUUAGCCAUGACGUUUGCCAUUGUGAAAUGCCAAUAACCACCCAGCCCCUCGACAGAAGGGUGGUAUAUCAGCAAUAUACUGUGCUGUUAAUGUAGUAUAGCAAGGAAAAACUUGACACAUUUUGAAAUGAUUAAUUGGGUAACAUAGGUGUUUGAAGCCCCAAGCUUUAUUUCUCUGGUUGUUCUUUGAUUAAUUGCACCAGAACAUAAGGCCUGUAUGAUGUUGUUACAUGUUUAGUUGGUAAUGGUUGAUUGCACACUCCUGUCUCUCUCCAUCAUGAGUCACCAGCUGUUUCCAUUUAUAAGAAACAUUUGACGUGCUCAUAAAUGUUUAUGGUUGCAAGUUAUGACCAAAUACAGUUGUUAUGAUGGUCAUAACCAGAUUUUGAAUGGUUGUACCAAUUGAAAUUGAAACCCUAGGUUGCUUUGGGGUAUUGUGCUUUGGUAUUAUUUAAAGGCAAAUUGAAUUAAUGCUUUGUGCUACUGUAACAAGUUAAAUGAUUAAAAAUACAAGUCUAAUUACUGAACACACUUCGCAAUUAUCUGCUGAAGUGAGGUAACAGCAUUUCAGAGUGGUGAAAACGUACGAAACCUAUGGUUUGGAAAAAAAAUGCAAACUGUUAUGGGGUUGGUUUUUACCUCAGACAAACAAAACCAUAAGCUACCUGAAAUCUCAACACAGUACUUGCUCUGCACAGUCAUACCCAUCAACCGAAAAGGGAGCUUUAUAUUGGGGCUGUUGAUGUUUCCUGUGAAAUGGAAGUUUCAAGGGGAAUAAAGCAUGUGUCCCUGCUGUUAAAAAGGCAAGGUAAACUCAGGCCAAAUCAAAAUGUAGUGUGAACAGAAGCCAAAAUUAUGAAAACAACAUUGUACACGGAUAACAUUAAACACUAUUCACACUCGCCAUUCAUGAUGCAGCAGGGUAUUGAUAUUCCCAGCAAGCAAUCCGACCCCCCCCCCCCCCCCCCUUUUUUUAAAGAAGCAAAGGGAUCAUACUGUAUCUGCUUUCAGCUGGUUGUACACCUCUUACAUCCUCCACAUCUGUUUGAACCAUCCUAUUGUAUUGAAAAGGGAAGGAAACCUAACGCACAGAUAAGAUGCUAAGCUGGUAAUACCAUUAACACAAACAUCAAGUAUACAGUUGGUGCAGUACUGGAAUCAUCUUAUGUAGGCAUACCCGAGGCAUAAAUAGAUUGGGCACAGGGCAACACCUACACCAGUGCCAGGAUGAAGUGUGGGGGCGGCCCGUGUGCUGAAGAAAAACAAAAGGCCCAUUUUCCUGCUUAAUGUGGAUGUUAAAGUUCUCAGAUAAUGAGCAGAGCAUUCUCCCCUGAUAUUCUGCUCUCAAUGUGACUCUUUGACUUUCUAUUGAACAACUGACAAGUGCAUUCUGGAUCGCCUGCAGUACUGAAUGUCUAUUGUGACACAAAUGCUUUAACUUUUAAAUGAAACACAACAUCGAUGCAAACCUUAUGAAGAUGCAGGAAAUAAAGUUUUAUUAAUC